AUGCGGCCGCAGCUGUUUCGCGCGGCCGCCCGGUCUGUCCGGGUUCCAAAGGUCAACACUGCCAGGACCUUCGUGACGACAGUUCCUCGCUCUGCUGAGGUGGAGCUUACAAUUGAUGGCAAAAAGGUUUCGGUAGAAGCUGGCUCGGCUCUCAUUCAAGCAUGCGAGAAAGCCGGAGCGACAAUUCCUAGAUACUGUUACCAUGAGAAGCUAAUGAUCGCGGGAAACUGUCGCAUGUGUCUCGUCGAAGUCGAAAGGGCUCCCAAACCUGUGGCAUCAUGUGCCUGGCCGGUUCAGCCCGGUAUGAAUGUCAAAACAGAUUCCCCGCUAGUGCACAAAGCUAGAGAAGGCGUUAUGGAAUUCCUACUUGCGAACCAUCCUCUAGACUGCCCAAUUUGUGACCAGGGAGGAGAGUGCGAUCUUCAAGAUCAGUCAAUGCGCUAUGGUGCCGAUCGUGGCCGUUUCCACGAACUUGGAGGCAAGCGCGCUAUUGAGGAUAAGAACAUUGGUCCCCUUGUCAAGACCUCUAUGAACAGAUGCAUUCAGUGCACUCGUUGUGUUCGGUUCAUGAACGACGUUGCUGGCGCCCCCGAACUUGGAACCACCGGUAGAGGGAACGAUAUGCAAAUUGGUACCUAUCUAGAGCAGAAUUUGGAUACAGAGCUCUCUGGAAACAUCAUUGAUCUUUGCCCCGUUGGCGCGCUGACCUCCAAACCGUAUGCCUUCCGCGCGCGUCCCUGGGAGCUGAAGCAUACCGAGUCGAUUGAUGUACAUGACGCUCUGGGCUCCAACGUCCGGAUAGAUACCCGUGGAAUGGAAGUGAUGCGUGUCCUGCCAAGACUCAACGAUGAUAUCAACGAGGAAUGGAUUAACGACAAAUCUCGUUUUGCAUGCGAUGGCCUCAAGACUCAACGACUCACCACUCCUUUGAUUCGACAGGAAGGGAAGUUUGUUCCUGCAACGUGGGAGCAAGCUCUGACCGAGAUUGCAUCGGCAUACCAAAAGCUUCAACUGAAAGAGAACGAAUUCAAAGCCAUUUCUGGUCACCUUGUGGACGCGGAAACCAUGGUUGCGAUGAAGGACUUGGCUAACAAGCUUGGCUCUGAUAAUCUUGCCUUGGAUCAGCCCGGUGGUAGCUCGCCAAUCGCCCACGGCGUCGAUAUCCGCUCAAAUUACCUCUUCAACUCUAAGAUCUACGGCAUCGAAGAGGCGGACGCCAUCCUUUUGGUCGCGACGAACCCUCGCCACGAAGCUUCCGUUCUCAACGCUCGCAUUCGCAAGCAGUACCUUCGCUCUGAUCUCGAAAUCGGUCUCGUCGGGGAAGCUUUCGAAAGCACAUUUGACUUUGAACACCUUGGUUCAGACGUUGCUGCUCUGAAGGCCGCCCUGUCAGGGAACUUUGGCACAAAGCUGGCUUCCGCCAAGCGACCCAUGAUUAUUGUCGGCAGUGCUGCGGCCGAACAUAAGGAUUCGAAAGCAAUCUUUGAGGCGGUUGGUAGCUUUGUGGAGAAGCACGCCAGCAACUUCAACACACCAGAGUGGCAAGGUUAUAAUGUUCUUCAGCGCGCAGCAUCGCGUGCUGCGGCAUACGAAAUCGGCUUCACGACCCCCUCUCCUGAGGUAGCACAAACAACGCCUAAGAUGGUUUGGCUACUUGGUGCAGAUGAGAUUAACCAAUCGGAAAUUCCUCGCGAAGCGUUUGUCAUUUACCAAGGACAUCACGGUGACCGCGGGGCUCAAAUCGCGGAUGUUGUUCUGCCAGGAGCUGCGUAUACCGAGAAGUCAGGCACCUAUAUCAACACCGAGGGUCGCGUUCAAGUCACUCGCGCAGCAACUUCAAUGCCUGGUGCUUCUCGAGAUGACUGGAAGAUCAUUCGGGCUGCCAGUGAAUUCCUCAACACUCCUCUCCCAUAUGACGACAUCGAGGCUCUUCGGGACCGCAUGGAAGAGAUCAGCCCUGUUAUGCGUCGUUACGAUGUUGUUGAGCCCACCUCUCUGGCUCAGUUGAGCAAGGUCCAAUUGGUCGAUCAGAACAAGGGAUCUCAAGUAACCAACGCACCUUUCAAGAAGGUGAUUGAAGAUUUCUAUUUUACAGAUUCGAUCUCCAGAAGUUCGCCGACAAUGGCUCGCGCUUCGGCAGCUAAGGUCUCUGGAAACCCUGAUGUGAACUACAUGUCUACAGGUGGUGAAGUGUCUCCGCAGCACAUGUAUGGUUAAAAAGCCUACUGGACCUGUAGUUUGUUUUUUUCCCAUUCUUCAUCUAGGCGUUGUUGUUGUAACACCUAAACACUGUUGUUGGUCCCUGUUUAAUUGUAUUAUUGUUUCCCCUCGUUUCCUAUAGUGUUCCAGCUCCACUACGGUACAGGUUAAAGAUGUUAGAGGUGUACAUAAGAUCAAAAGCAGCUCAGGAAUGGCAAAAUUUAU